AUGUCAGAAGAAAACAAAUACGAUGAUGAAAAUUUAACGCAAAAAGCAUCAUCAUAUUUAUUGAAUGACAAUGGGGAGGGAGUGGGAGAGGGGGAUGAUGAAGGAAAAAAGGAUGAAUUAAGUAUGAUUAAUAUGGAAUAUUUUAAAGAAGAUUGGCAGUUGAGUCAAUUCUGGUAUAAUGAAGAAACAACAGACAUGAUAAUACAAGAGAUUAUAAAUAAUACAACAACAAAAAGCAGAAUAGCAUGUAUUAGUACACCAACUGUAUUUGUUAAAUUAAAAUCAAAAUAUUCAUCAUUGAAACAAGAAAUAUAUUUAUUUGAGUAUGAUAGAAGAUUUGAUAUUUAUGGAAAAUAUUUCAUUGAUUACGAUUUUAAUUCACCAAUGAAAUUUCAAAAAUCUCAAGAAUUCAAAGAUUCGUUUGAUUUUAUAUUAGCCGAUCCACCAUUUUUAAAUGAAGAUUAUGGCUUUAAAUUAUUGAUUUGUACUGGUAACUAUUAUUAUGAAUUAUUUGUGAUGAAUCCAGUAAUUAUGACAAAACUUGAUUUGGAUUCUUAUACUUUACUUGAAAGACUUGGUACUGGUUCCUUUGGAACAGUAUUUAAGGCCAUCCAUAAAGAAACAAAUGAAGUUGUUGCAAUAAAGAUAAUUGAUUUAGAAAGUUCAGAGGAUGAUAUAAGUGAAAUACAACAAGAAAUAGCAUUAUUGUCACAAUGUGGAUCGUGUUUAGAUUUGCUUAAACCAGGUCCAUUUGAAGAACAUCAAAUUGCUAUUGUAUUACGAGAACUUUUAUAUGGCUUGGAGUAUUUACAUAUCGAAGGAAAGAUUCACCGAGACAUUAAAGCUGCUAAUGUUUUAUUAUCAGCUGAAGGAAAAGUUAAACUAGCGGAUUUUGGUGUAGCUGCACAACUUUCUAACAAUAAAAGUAAAAGAAAUACUUUUGUUGGAACACCGUUUUGGAUGGCACCUGAAGUUAUUAGACAAGCAGGCUAUGAUCACAAAGCAGAUAUCUGGUCACUCGGAAUUACUGCUAUCGAAUUAGCAAAAGGCGAACCACCAUUGGCUGAAUACCAUCCAAUGAGAGUUCUAUUUCUUAUACCAAAAGCAAAACCUCCUGUAUUGGAUGGUAAUUUCUCUAAUGCAUUUAAAGAUUUCAUUUCUUUGUGUUUAAUAAAAAAUCCUGACCAUCGUCCAACAGCAAAAGAAUUAUUAAGACACAAAUUUAUCAAAUCCGCCCGUAAUACAAUACAAUUACAAGAACUUAUUGAGCGAAGCAUAAAGCGUGAUGGAACACAAAGAGUUUUAUCAAUGUUUGAAAAAACUUUAACAAUUAAAAAUGACAAGUCAUUAAUUGAGGGCUGUUGGGACUUUGAAACUGGCAGUAUCGUUACUAGUCUUGGUAUUGUCAAUAACGAUUUUUCUUUUCCGAUACCUCCAUCGCUACCACCACAACAAUCAUCUUCUUCGUCAGCAGCUUUGGCUGAUUCUAAUGCUGAUAAUUCAUCUAAUAUACCAAGAAACGUUGAACAACCGAUUGCAAAUAUUAACAUAAAUGAAAAUUCGUCUAUCUCAUCAGGGUAUUCCACAGUAAAAUUAUCGGAUUUUUUGAAACAGGCAAAUUUGACAAUGUUAUCAAACAAAAGACACUCUAUAAUUGAAAAUAAAACCACAAAUAUUAUAAUCGAUUCUUUUGAUGAAAGCAUUAAGGGAAUUGACGCUUUAAAAUCAUCAUCAAAAAAUAAUCGAUUAAGCGUUGCAUCAUCAUCAGCAUCUACUUCGUCGCUCUCAAGAUAUUCAAGAAACAUCGAGGUUAAGGAACCAGUUACUGAAGAAGGAAUUGCCGCAACAGAAUUGGAAGCACUUAGCAUGUUUGAAAAAGGAAUUGAUGAAUUGGAUCAUUCAAGCCCUGAUUUAAUCAUAACAAUUUUGGUAGAAAUACUGAAACGACUAAAAAUGAAUGCUGAAAUUUGUGAAAAAUUAUCGGAUUUAGGUGUAAUAUCAGAAGCGUUUUUAAAAACUACAGUAUCGUCACAAUCACCAAAUAAAUCAGGCUCAUUAAGUGACGACGAUUCAAUAUCAAACUCUACUAUUAAACCAAAAAAACAAACGCUGCCAUUAUCAACUACGCCGCCCUCUUCGUCUUCAUCGUCAAUAGAAGACGAAUCACCCAAAGCUCCGCCUAUCAUUGAAAUGAUAUAUGUUAGAUGGAUCGAACAAUUAAGAAUGAAAUGGCUUAUGGGUUGA